UUUCAAAAGUUGUAUUAGAAAGAGCGGUUCGUAUGACUGUAAUGUUUUAAGUGCAUUGUGUAUGCAUAACAUAAAAGCAACAAUUAUCACAGUUAGAAAAUAAAAUGAAUUGUUAAAUUUAUUGUUAAAUUGUGGGCUAGGGAUUUUUAUAUAGUUGCAUUAAAAUUGAUUAUAUAGUUAUGGCUAAGUGGAAGUUAUGCCGUCAACAAUUUGGAGAUGAGCAAUUUGAAUUCACUGAAGGUGAUGAAGUUAGGAUUGGCAGAGGAUUGGAUAACACAAUUACACUUUCAAGUAUAGUAAUAUCAAGAAAUCACUGCUUAAUAAAUGUCAAAAGAGAUGAAGUUACAAUCACAGAUCUUAAGAGUUCUAAUGGCAUAUAUGUUGGGCUUAAAAGGAUACCACCGAACAUUCCAUAUACAUUAUCUGAAGAUGACCUGAUAGGUUUUGGAUGGACAAUUGGAGCUCCAUUGGUAAAAAUCAUGGAUUCAGAAAAAUUUGUUUUUAAGUUGAUUAAGACUGUAGCUUCUAUUGUUAGUCGUAUUCAUUUUCAAAGUAACAGCGAAGAAGACAUAGAAGUUGAUAGUUUCAUAUCAGAUACAAAAGAAUAUAAACCUGUAAUAAAGAAUGAGGAAUCACCAAAUACCAAAACAUUGUUACAAUUAAAACGUAAAUUAAAUGGUGACAGCAAGAAUGAUGAUAUAAUUAACAUUAUAUCUGACAGUGAUAAUGAACCAAAAGCACAAGAGUGUUUCAGUAAAAAAAUUAAACUUGAUCCUAUAAUAGAGGACUUAACUAAAGACAAUAUAAAAACUGAAAAUGAAGACUUACAGUAUGAAGCAUUUAAUGUUAAACAAGAAUACUUGGGAUAUGAUGAUGAUGAACCGAUUCAGAUUGAUAGUGAUAGUGACAGUGAAUCUGAACAGUGGUUUUUAAGGUUAUCACAGAGUUCACCUGGAAAACCAUUUACAAAAAUUGAGCAAAAUAGAACAGAUAAAUUGGAUACGAGCAUUGAAGAUAGUUCAUAUAGUCAAUUGGAUGACAUUAUAUUUAAUAAUAUUGAUAAAGAUAAUGAUGAAGAAGACUUUAUUGAUGAUAUCAUUACAAUACCACCUCAGCUUCCAGAAAUACAACCUAUCACUGAAACAAAAGAAGUAGAAAAAAUCAUUGAAAUAGACAUAAUUGAUGGAAAGAAGCAGUUGUUCCUAUACAACAAUGUCCUCAUACAACAAUAA